CUCACUCAACCAGAGCUUUUGCUCGAUUCCUUAUUGACGAACUCUUUUUUUCUCCCACAUGUAUUUUUUUCCCCUGAUGACAUGUUAGCUUCAUAAGAAUGAGUCGAAGAAGGCCAGAAAGCCGACAGAGCGCAUCUUAUUGAAUACUCCGACUGGUCUUCCCACAUCGACCUUGUCCAUGCUAUGUGAUACACACACGGCACGAUGCGCAGCCUUUCCGAAGUACUCACUUGCCCAGCAAGGUCCAUAGAAUUCAUCCCGCCCAUGUUACAGUAUAACCUAAAUCUGGAAGACCAUCGGAUGUCUUGGUCUAUAGACGGCCCGCCAGGACUUGUGGAAAAACCAUACAAGAGCCCGUUCGGGAAAAUGCCUUGUCAGACUCGUUCAGCCACUCGAAGGGCAGCGUCUUUAGACUGUAUAGAGACACUUGUACACAUGAGGGAAGCCGCACUCGCAAACACGGAGCCAGCAAGAAGCAGCAGCACAUCUCCAGCACCGAGCCACAGCCCGCACGUAUACGGACCACACAUCCCGAGACCCACCUCCCCCACGCCAGGACAACCACCCGUAGGAUCCAACGAGGACUUAUAUCGUCGGAUGCGGUUACAGCAAGAGUCACGAUACUUUACCGAGAGUAAUUGUAGAGAAGAAGGAAACCAUACCUCGCCUAGCAGUAGCAGCGCGGCAGCUACGGUAUUCACCUCUGAGCCGUUAAGUACGAGGAGUAGCGGUCUCAUCUCGUCGUCGCCGGAAGACUCGAGCGAGGAUCACCGCAGUGGCGCAGCUGGUGACGGUACGUACGACUCGCAGGCGACUGAAAGCGCCCCCGAAGACGAUGAGUUGAGUCAUGAAGAGGUGGAGGAAGAGUAAGUUUCGCCUUUCUGCAAAAGACACAAAAAGAAGGAUAUUGACCGGUGACGUAGGAACAGAGAGCUUUGCUGUAUUUGCCCGCGUGCCCACGGCAUUCUGGGCCUUGGGC